AUGAGAGGACAGGUCUCGUACCUGAAGCAUCUAAGGAAGCAUCUAAGGCUGGAACUGGCGGAGAGCCUGUGGGGUAGGAACCCAGGCCGCGCCCAGCCUAGGCCACUGCCUCAGCUGGUGUUGCUCUUCUGCCUUUUGAAAGCCUUCCUGAAGGGCAGCCCUGGAGCCUUCGUGGUCCCCAGGGGCCGCGUGCGCGGCCUGCCCACGACCUCCGGGGGCAAGCCCUUCCAGCUCUGGGCCCUGGGACUCUUCUGCACGGAGCGCCACCUGGCCCAGCGCCUUAAGCACGACAGCUUCUACCCGUUUACCCAGCAGCAGCCCAAUGUCUUCGUGCUCGAGUACUACCUGGACACGCUGUGGAAGGGCGCUCUGCUCUUCGUCGUCUGCCUCGUCCUCGUCAGCUUCGGCCUCGUGAGCCAGGUGCUUAAGCAGGAGACGUGGGGCUUCCCCGCGUGCGGCGUGGUCGUUGGCCUGUGGCUCCUGAUCUCGUCCCUGCCGCGUCGCCGCCUGGUGCUGAACCACACGCGCGGCACCUACCACUUCUCCAUCCAGGGCCGCACCGUGUGCCAGGGGCCCAUGCACCUGGUCUACGUGCGCCUGGCGCUCAGCUCCGACGCCUACGGAAGGUGCUUCUUCCAGUUGGUUCUGUGCGGCCACCAGCUCGAGCCGCUGGUGUUGGUGCAGCUGUCCGAGCGUUACCAGCAGAUGGAAUACCUGGGCCGUCACAUUGCCCGGAAGCUCAACAUUAACUACUUUGACUGCUUGGCCACCUCGUACAGGCACGUCGUCCGCCACUGGCCGCUGGGGGCCACAUUCAGCCCUGGCAUCCUGCAGCGCAAGCCGGGCACUUACAAGAGACGGAGCUUCCAGUCCUACCUGGACGUGUGACACCAUAGGCAACCCCCAGACCACACUCUCCCUUCCCGGCCAGUCUCUCCCCUUCACCCCACUGCUAGUCUCCCUCUCAGUAAAGCCAUCUCUU